GUGCGUUGCAUAACUACAAUUCUAAACAGUUAAGCAGACGGAAAUCUUCCACACAAGCUCCACUAUCACCGCUAGCAAGAACGCCAUCACCUUCGGUCUCCCCGUCUCACCAAAAGUCUUCAAAACGCAGCUCGUCACCGCUAGCUGCUCGAACUUCCUUAUCCCCAAUUCACCCUAGAACACUCAAUGUGUCCUCGUCACCCUCUCACAGACCUGCGUCACCACUACUGAGACGUGCGUUGUCUCCAGAACGGUUUAAAACGGCACCUGCCGGACAGAUUAAGUUUGAGGUAAUUCAUAGUGACGACAAGAAGUUAAGGAGUGCAAUGAGUUUUGAUAAGCCAGACAGCGGUACUAAAAAGACUUGA